UGAAAUAUUUUAAAAUUUAAACUGUUGCAUUUAUAAUUUUGUUCAGUAUUGUUUCUUUCCCUAAAUUGUUUUUGUGUGUCACUGAUCUGGGAAAAGAAAAAAAAAUGCCCCACCAACCAUGACAUAUUGGCUCAUGACAGCUUGCAGCAUAGACACCCACAUGAUUGGCUGUGAUAGCACCCUGCCCCCUUCUCAUUUUAAGCUGUGUCAAAACACUCACAGCCUCAAACAGAGCUCAACCAACACAAGAAGAAGCAUGGACCAAGUCAAGUCAGGAGGCAAUCUGAUGGCUAUUAAAGAGCAGGAUUCAGGAGAGUUAUCCCAGGAAACCAUCCAAGAGCUGAUCCACCAGUCCCAAGAGGCAAAGAAGUACUCCUACUGCUCUUACAGCAAAUUCAGAGUAGGAUGUGCUCUGCUGACCCUCGACAACCACGUGUUCACAGGUUGCAACGUGGAAAAUGCAUGUUACAACCUGGGUCUGUGCGCAGAGAGGAAUGCAAUGUCUACGGCGGUGGCACAAGGCCACACAGCUUUCAAGGCAAUUGCCAUUUCAAGUGACAUGAAGGACCAAUUCAUCUAUCCGUGUGGUGGCUGCAGGCAGUUCAUGAGAGAGUUUGGGUCCAGUUGGAAUGUGUACAUGUCGAAGCCUGAUGGCUCAUACCUGAAGAUGAGCGUGAGCCAACUGCUGCCACACUCGUUUGGCCCAGAUGACCUGACCAUGAAAAAGUAACCGACAUUACCAAUUAAAUACAAUUAAGUCAAAAUAAUUACAAAGUUUCAAUGUUAAUUACAUAUUUAAACAAAUAUGUAUUGUAAAAUAUCAGCAAACACAUAAUGUUGACCCUCAGACUGUUAACCUGGAAAAAAUAUUUGAAUGUUUCUUGCUCUAAAUUAGUGAUUGUUUGAACUAGAUUAACACAAUGAAGUCUGUUAUUGCAUAUAAUAAAUUUAUUAUGUUAAAAACAUGAAAGAAAACAUCACAUCAUAUCCAGUCAAAUUCAUGUACCUAUUUUAAUAAAUAGAACGCCUGUAAAAUAUGGUUUUCUGCACAAGUUGUAUAUAAUUUAUCACAGCUGAACAGAAAUAAUGCAAUACAGGAAGAGGAUUUAUAACAGUGUAAGUAUGCUGUACUAUAAAUAUUUGAUGAGCAGCAAAUUAUCCAUUUAUAAUGUCAAGAGGGAGUGAAACAUUA